AUUUAUGAAAAUCCAGCUUCUUCACAGAUCUACCAUUAAUUUUCUGGAAAUCUCAGAUUCUUCACAGUUUAUUCCAGGCUCCAUUUCAAUCUCCUUCAGAAGUUUUGUAGUUUGAUCUCACAUUUCCAUGGCAAAUGCCUGGAAAAGAGACAAGGCACCCAAACUCCUCUCGCCCAUUUCUCUGUUCUUCCUCUUUUCAUUCUGCAUCCUCAUCAUUUUCUUCUUCCUCUUUGGUAACUCGAAUCCUUCAGAGCAAUCCACUCCUAGUUUCACAAUCAAACCCGAUUUUCCUUUCCGAUCAAUCUCUCCCUUCGAUUGCUUCAAAUGCCCUCAAUCCUUCCCGGUUAUCGCCAACGUUGUGGAAGGAGUUCGAUAUCCGUUUAUGUUUUCGAUCGCGGAUUUGGGGAAUUUGCCCGAUAAGCCCCACAAGAACAUAGUCAGGAUGCUGAAGGGAAAGCCCUUUCGUAAGCCGGACAUUUCGGUGACGAUUCAGGAGGUUUUGGAGAAGAUGAAGAGCGAUUCUAGAGAUGGGUAUGUUGUUGAUGUGGGUGCUAAUGUGGGAAUGGCGAGCUUCGCUGCUGCUGCGAUGGGUUUUCGUGUUUUGGCAUUUGAGCCGGUUUUUGAAAAUUUGCAGAGAAUUUGUGAUGGAAUUUAUCUGAAUAGGGUUGGGGAAUUGGUGAAUGUGUUUGAGGCUGCUGCAUCUGAUAGGCUUGGGAACAUCACUGUUCAUAAGUUGGUUGGUCGGCUUGACAACAGUGCUGUUUCAGCAACAGGAGCAAAGUUGGCAUUCAAAUCUAAUGAAGAAAUAGCAGUUCAAGUGAAGUCAAUACCACUAGAUGAAGUAAUCCCCGAGUCCGAACGGGUUCUCUUAAUAAAAAUCGACGUUCAGGGAUGGGAAUAUCAUGUGCUAAAAGGGGCAAAGAAAAUCUUAUCUAGAAAGGGAACUGAAGCCCCAUAUCUCAUCUAUGAGGAAGAUGAAAGACUGCUAAAAGCCAGUAAUAGUAGUUCAAAGGAGAUCAGAGAAUUCCUUCAUUCUGUAGGUUAUGAUCAUUGCACCCAACAUGGUACAGAUGCACACUGCACAAAAACUGGUUGAAAUUCUUUUGCAAAGCAUGCGUAGCGAACAAUGAAGCCGAGGGAUCUCGACGAUCAAACACGGUAUGAGGACGACAGUCUUGCAAAAGAGCCAUUUUUCAUCUCAGCUGCUCAGAUGAAGCAUGUAAGCACUUAUUGUAUAUGAAGCUGCCCUUGAGACUUGCAGUUUGAAGUGAUGGUUAGAUUGGAUGAAUCGAAUCGUAUCGUAUUGGUUCUUCAUUUGUUGUUCACGCUAGAUGUUUUCAGUUCAUGACAUUUUGAUUGUAGUGCUCUUCGGUUUGUUGCUAGUGGAUAUUGUAGACGAUAACGUUCAUUUUCUCACUAGAUUCAAAACUUAUCUUAGAACAUUCAAUAUUGGAAAC